GGCUGACAGAGGCUGUAGUCGCCCGACCGUGUGACAGCGUUGCGUCAUAACUAACGGCGCUGAUUGUGAUUGGUUCCCCGCGCCGCCCGGUCAGCGGCGGAGACUAUAAAUCAGGGAAAGCCGAGUCAACCCUCCUGACUUCCACACCACCAUCCAUCCGCAAACACUCCUGUCAGACCGUUCAACACUACAGCACAGCGCUGAGCACUGAGAACCUGCAAAACUUCCAGCAUCAUGUCUAUCGCUGACCACAACGGAACAUGGAAGCAGCUCUCAGCAGAAAACUUCGUGGCUCUUCUAGAUGUCAUCGGUGUGUCUGACGAGGUGAGGGGCAGGUUCAAGGCUAACGACGCGGCGCUGGUGACGUCAGUGGCCGUGGAGGGGGACACGGUCACGUGGUCUACCGGCACCCAGACCGGCGUCACCAUCUCCAAAAACACCUACAGCUGGGGACAGGAGUUCGAGGAGGCUUCACUGGACGGCAAGAGGCGCAUGACCGUACACACGUACCAGGGAGGUUCUAAGAUCCUGACUGUCAUUCCCAACUUCGACGGCCAGGGCACACCCAUGAACAUGACCCGGGAAGUCGUCGAUGGGAAGAAAAUCGUGAUUAUCUCUUACAAGGGGAUCACCGCUAAUCUGACGUAUGAGAAGGUUUAGGAACAUUCCGAGCUCCAGACGCAAGGCAACGCUUCCAGCUCAACCACGAUAGUACUGCGCAUAUAUACAAAUAUACCACUUGCUACUAGCUAAGGACAAUGUACUGUGUAGGAAGUUAUACUGUAAUGUGUCAACACUUUGGCCAUGUUUCGGAGAACAGAAUUAUGGGUAACUCGGGUUGCCAUGACAACCUGUAUGGAGCGCAUGCGAACUUCGUCUUUACCACGUUUUGGAGAACAGAAUUAUGGGUAACGCGGUGGGGGGGCAUGUGACACAUUCCCAUGGCAACGCGUAUGGAGCGCAUGCGUACUCUGUCGUUACCAUGCAGUCUGUGUUGUCAUGGCAAUGACUGGCUUGUCACCAGCGUUACCCAAGUUUCUCCCUUUUUUCCCAGCAUGCACAAUGAUCCGAGAAAUAACCUAAAAACGCUCUUUAUAAUGAUAGGGUAGAUAGAUUCUAUGUGCGCUUACUAUUCUCUAUAUUUCCGAAACGCUAGAUGUUCUUUACAGCUACUGUGGCUAUGCCAUUUCUAUAGAUACAUGUACUUAAUUAAGCUAAGCGAAGAAAACUUCCGUGUUAUACCAAUAGAGGGUAAGGUUUGUAUCAUACCAGUAGUAUAUCAUAGAUACCUAACAUACAUUUUUUUAUUAUUUGGCACCACUAAGUAAAAACGUAAAAAGAAGAGGUUUGUGUCACCCUCUUUCUUAUUAUAUUUAAUACUAGUCAUAACUUAUUUUACUCUUUGGUUAACCAUUUCUCAUAUCCUUCAUUAUAAUAUCUGUAGCCAUUUUUGAUUCCUUUGAAUAACUAGUAUAACUCAUACGAGUCAUAAUGGCUGCUUUAACAGAGAAAACCGCUAGAUGGCAACUCUGCAUUAACACACGUUAGCAACGAAAUGGCAUUUCACGCCAGGUUUCUUCUAUGUACUUAGUGUUCGUGCCAUUAUAUGGCCAAAUAAUGUUUAAAAGUAUUACCUUGAAGCUAAGGUGUCGUGGUGCUAGUAGUUGUACUGUCGCUAUUGUAACAUCAAUUAGUUGUAUGUUUUCAACCUAAGACGGAUCUUUGCACGUAUGUGUUAUAAAUUUACAGUAGUUAAGACAUAGCUCUAUGUUAGUUGAUAUCAAGAAAGAUAUAGAAGGAACGAAAAUGAGAACCGCCAGCUAUUUAAUAUG